AUGUUAUCUCAAAAGUUCAUAUCGACCGUUUCUGGUCCGCCUCUCGCCGCGAAUACCGCCGUCUCCAAAGAUGUCGGCAUGUAUUCUCACUCCCUCACACCAUCUCACACCAUCAAGUCAACCUUCAAGAAGAGUUCAGCCCCUGUUAACGGCCUGGCCGUCAGCCAGACUCACAUUUUUGCUGCACAAGACCAAAAGGCUCAUGUUCAUGUCUACCCAAUUCCAGCUGACAACCACAACACUGCCGUUGCUCCCUGUGCUCUCGUACCCUUUCCCGAAAGGAUCCGCUGCUUGGCCAUUGUUGGUCAGGUCUUGGUUGUGGGAUCUACCGAGGGUAGACUAUUUCUUUGGGAGACAUGCACCGGACGACAAGUGUCGACGCCGCCUUGCCACGUUCAGGCUGUCUCAUGCUUGGCCGUAACGCCAUAUCACAUUCUUUCCGGAUCUGAUGACUCCAACAUCAACGUCUGGUCAUUAUCACGUCUUCUAGAGCUCGAUGCCCAACUCGAACAGGAACCCGAUCUGACACUCUCCAAUCACCGCGGUGCCAUCACAAGUCUAACUGUCAGUCCUGGUACCAAUUCGGAAACUGGCAUAUACAAGCCGUUGCUUGGUUCCCGCAGCACUGAGCAACCUUCCAUUGUCGUACAGAUCAACACACCGCUCGCUGUCUCAGAUCCGGAACUUGGACUACCAUCGUGUAUUGCUCUGACAAACGACGGCACUUCAAUACUGUCUGGACACACCAAGGGAAAGAUCUUGCGAUGGACUCUGGCUGAGAACGCCCAUCCCACCGAAGUCGCCAAUCUGAAUGCCUCUGUCACCAACCUCUUCUUCAUAACUCCACUAUCAGCCGAGCAACCAACCAAGACUGUUACUAUCGUGAAACCGAACCUGAACCAAAAACGAUACAACUUCAUAGCCCAGCUGUCCACAGAUCUCGGAGAGAAGACAAGAUUCGACCAUCUGCUCGAAACCAAUGGGAUUCCGUCGGAAUCACUCGAGACGGCAAUUUCAUCCAUGACGACUUCUUCAGAUGACCAACAAGAUGAAGAGCUGGCAAAGCAGGAUGCCCAAUUCCGUUCCAUCAUUGACAGCUGUAAUCUACUUCAAAAGCAAACUAGUUAA